UUACCUACUUGAAUAUAAUAUAGGUUUGUCAAAUAGUUCUACUUUUCUAUCUUACCCACCUUCCUACUUCAAUUAUUAUUUAUGUCUUUUAUGCGAAUUAAAUCCUCUCUCUUUCAAGAGAAACUCUCACCUCAGUUCUUCACUUUCUCUCUCCUAUGGCCACCUCUCACUAUGUUUCAGACUCACGUGUCUCACGCAUGCACUACUCCUCCACCGAUGACGACCAAGAUGAUGAUGAUGAGGAAGACGAGGAAGACAAUGACUUCAAAUUCUACGACACUAAUGUCGAUGCCGAAGACGAGCCCAAGAAGCCUGACAUCUUUGCCGGCAGCAGUUUCUGGCGGGAGUUCGGGGUGGUACUGGAUCCGCGAGCCAAAUGGGUCCAAGAAUGGAACAGGGUGUUCCUCCUGGUGAGCACAACGGGACUUUUCGUGGAUCCGCUGUUCUUCUACGCGCUGUCCAUAAGCGACACAUGUAUGUGCAUCUUCAUCGACGGCUGGCUCGUGGUCACCGUCACCGUGCUUCGGUGCAUGACCGAUACGUUGCACGUGUGGAACAUGUGGCUCCAUUUCAAGAUGGCUAAACGCUCUUCUUCUCACGCCAGAGACUCUUACGCCUCUAGCGGUGGCUAUGCUCUUCGCUACCUCAAGGCUAAGAAGGGUUUCUUCUUCGACCUCUUCGUCAUCUUCCCCAUUCCCCAGAUUGUGUUAUGGGUGGUAAUUCCGUCUCUUUUGGAGAAAGGAUCAAUUACGUUAGUGAUGACAGUGUUCUUAAUCAUGUUCCUCUUUCAAUAUCUUCCCAAAAUUUAUCACUCCGUUUGCCUCUUGCGUCGCAUGCAAAAUCUUUCUGGCUACAUUUUUGGAACUGUUUGGUGGGGCAUCGCCCUCAACAUGAUCGCGUAUUUUGUAGCUUCCCAUGCAGCAGGGGCGUGUUGGUACUUGUUAGGGUUGCAAAGGGCAGCAAAAUGUUUGGAAGAACAGUGUGCAAAAACAGCAGGUUGUGGAUUGAGAACACUGUGCUGCAAAAAGCCUAUAUACUAUGGAGGAAGUAGCAUUGUAAGGGACAAAACCAGAUUGGCAUGGGCUGGAAACAGGGAAGCAAGGUCUACUUGUUUGGAUAGUGCUGAUAACUACGACUAUGGUGCAUACGCAUGGUCUGUUCAACUCAUCACAAACGAUAGCAGAUUGGAAAAAAUACUUUUCCCUAUCUUCUGGGGCCUAAUGACUCUCAGCACUUUUGGGAACCUAGAGAGCACACCGGAGAGGCUAGAAGUGAUUUUCAACAUAAUUGUGCUGACUAGUGGCCUCCUUCUAGUGACUAUGCUGAUUGGAAACAUCAAGGUGUUUUUGCAUGCGACAACAUCGAAGAAGCAAGCAAUGCAACUGAAGAUGAGGAACAUCGAAUGGUGGAUGAGCAAAAGGAAGUUACCACAAAGUUUCAGGCAGCGCGUGAGAAACUAUGAGAGACAGCGUUGGGCUGCCAUGCGAGGGGUUGAUGAAUGCCAAAUGAUAAAGAAUCUCCCCGAGGGACUAAGAAGAGACAUCAAGUACCAUCUCUGUUUGGAUUUGGUGAGGCAGGUGCCACUGUUUCAGCAUAUGGACGAUUUGGUGCUAGAGAACAUUUGUGACCGUGUGAAGUCCCUUGUAUUUCCAAAAGGAGAAACAAUAACGAGAGAGGGAGACCCAGUUCAAAGAAUGUUAUUUGUAGUAAGAGGUCACCUUCAAAGCAGCCAAGUUCUACGAGACGGGGUGAAAAGUUACUGCAUGUUAGGGCCAGGGAACUUCAGCGGCGACGAGCUUCUUUCAUGGUGUCUGAGAAGGCCGUUCAUAGAGCGUCUUCCACCGUCAUCAAGCACUUUGGUAACACUUGAAGCGACGGAGGCAUUUGGGCUAGAAGCAAAGGACGUGAAGUAUGUGACGCAGCACUUCAGGUGCACAUUUGUGAAGGAAAAGGUUAAGAGAAGUGCAAGGUAUUACUCACCAGGAUGGAGAACUUGGGCUGCAGUGGCCAUUCAAUUGGCCUGGAGAAGGUAUAAGCACCGUUUGACUUUGACAUGUUUGUCCUUCAUAAGGCCUCGAAGACCUGCCUCAAGGUGCACUUCCAUGGAGGAGGAUAGGCUUCGUCUGUAUACGGCAUUGUUAACCUCACCAAAGCCUAAUCAGGAUCACUUUGACUUCUGAUCAUAACCAUUCAAACUGGAAUAAUGUAUCAUGUUUAUCUAUAACUAUUAUAUAUAUUUUUAAUUUGAAUUCCGUUAGUUUCACACACUUUAUUUGACACACUUUUGACACUGACAGGAGUCAAGGUGUCAUUGGUUGGUUUUUAUUUUUUUUUUCAGAAAAACUGGUC